AUGAGGGGUGGGGUACACGACAUCAGCACAGUGUCGGUAAACAGUGGGGCUGAGUCCCUCCCCACUCGCAGUUCUCCCCUGCCACCACGUGGGAGGACCUCCAGCGGGGAAACGAACGAGGCUAGCAAAAAUGAUAGUGAUGGAGGCGGCAGUGGGAGCAUGGAAAGGAGUAGCAUCUCGAAUGAAGAAAUGAAUGGGGCGGUUCACAUAUCGGAGAACAGCACAACCAACUUAGAUAAGGUAAACAAGUUGAUUAGCAAAGGUCAGAAAUAUGAUCAACACAUUUGUUCCUGCGAUAACUCUAUUGCUGCGUUAGAAAGGUCAAUAAAUAGUUCGCUCCAGAAGUUGAGACAGAUGAAUCGCCCGCGAUGGCGCCAUGGACCCAGUGGGCCCAAUGCGUACGGUGCCAGUAUACAAGGGGAACCACGGAAGGGGGCCCAAGUGGUACAGAGAAACAGGGAGGAUGAAGGCACUCAGAGUGGAAAUCCUCAUUGCGCUAAGGAAAUCACGCAGACGUAUCAUUUGCCAAAAAAAAUAAACAGAGGGAAAAAGAAAAAAGAAGUUCAUGAUUCAGCAUUGGAAGUACAAUCAGUUAUUCGAAAUAUAGAGAAAGCAAUAAAAAACGGAGAAAUGAUACAACAUAUGAACAAGUCUUUUUUGCAACAAAGCGAUGAGGAAGGGGUAAAUGAGGGAGGGCACCCAACAAGACGUACGCACGUGCUGACGUCAAGGAGGCGAUAUGAAACGGUUAACAAACUGAAGGAACGUUCCAACCGUAAGGGAGGCAAAUAUACUGCGAGGCAAGCGGAAUGGCAUCCUGCAGAAGAACAAAACGAUCAAAGCAGUCAUCGCAUUAAUUACAACAUGCAAGUCGUUAUGGAGAAAAACAACUGUAAAGUUGGGAUACCAUCAAAUGGGGAAUUACGAACCGAAAAUAAUUUUCACCCAACAUGCGGGGCGUUAAGCAAGAUGAACUGGACACUUGAACACAAUCGAAUGGAAUACCCUGUUCAAGGGGAUGAACUUAUCGAACCGUCCAUGAUGUCACUUCGACCUUUACCCCCCAUCAGUCCGCAGUCUGCAUACGAAUGGGACGACUAUCACCGUGUGGGAAGUUACGCCACUCCGUCGCUGACUCCACACGAUGCUUGUACCGUUUCGCAAAAAAGGGGAGAGAUGUAUACAACGGGGCCCCCCUCCUCCUGGGGGGGGAGAAACUACACUCACAUGGCACAAAAAAAAUGGGUGAAUGGAAAUGACCAAAUGAGGACACACUUGGCAAGAAUGGAGUUUCCUACCGGAGUUCCCACCAAUGUUGCAUAUACUCACUCGUACUCCAUGCAAGAAGAAGAAAAUUUUCUCUUUCGCUCUAUAAAUGGAAGAGGUCCAAAAGGGAGUGAAAUGGAAAACCUCCUGGAUACAGGCGCUGGGAUUUUCUCCCAAGCGUCAGAUUGCAACUGGAGAGGAGUUACAACAGAAGUCAUACACACAAGGGGCAUCAACCUUCUCAGUGACUUCGCACCGAGUGGACUACCCAACCCAUUGCAGCAGGCACAACUUUCAUCACAAUAUGGCUGCGUUCUAAAAAAGAAAAAAACUGGAGAAGGGGAAAUAACACCACAUGAUGAUCAUGGAGAUGUGCACACGGACGAAAGGAAAAGUAUUCAUUCGAAAAUGAAAAAAAUUUCAAGUGAAAAAAAUGGAACCACUAACGAGUUAGAAACUAUUCACAAGUUGGUGGAGGAUAUGCAGAACUUGCAGCUCGUUAUUAAAGAAUUAACCGGUACAAUGGUCAAUAGUGCUCACAAAGGGGUAAGGAACCAUGGGGAUCCAAACACAAUUGAACAGGUCUACCCCCAAGGAGGGCCAAACAAAGAUAAUACAAUGCAUGAUGGGAAUGACUCAAAUAGAAAUUUGUGCUCUGUCGACGUGGAAAAAUACGAAGAGAAAAUUGCCAACCUUGUACAUGAACUAAUGAACACUAAACUGCUGUUGGCACAAAGUGAAACAAAGCGCGAGGAGGAUAUUAACGAGAUGAAUCGGCGGUCCGCCAGUUAA